ACAAAGUUUGGUAUUAGACCACCACACAGAACAUCAGAAUAUGACUGCGAAAGAGUCACUCUUACCCCAACAUGUGGCACGACAUGAAGACCAAUUUCAGACCACACCUUAUCUUUUAGAAAGUCAGGAUAUGUAUUGUCCCACUAUGGAUUCGCAGCAAGUGCAUUCACAACCACUUUACGGUGAUAGUCAGAUGUUACCCAAUUCUAGUGUUGUGGAUGACACUGAAAGCAUUCCAUUACGAGGAGGGUUUGCUACAAGUACUCAGAACGACCCGGGUGUCUCUCAACCGUUUCACACUUUUCACUUCACAACGAAAUUGUGUACUACUGGUGUGCCAUUUGAAAAACAAAGCGAGCCCAGCACUUGUGAGGCAUCACCAUCAAGCUCAGGCAACCAAGAACGAAUCUGUGACUCUUCAGAAGAAGAAAGCUCUGACCAAGAAAAGGCUGGUGAUAAAUCAGGGAUCACAACAUCAAGCGAACAUGAUGAAGCUUCUUGCCAAAACUCGAAAGACAAUCCAUUUCCUCCACUAACCAUCCCAAGUUAUGGCCCUCUACCAUGGCAAUUCAACGACAUUUUGGUGCAUGCAAUAGAAACCAACACGCUAGCACAUCAUGAAAGUCGCUUUACGCGUGCGUGUGGUAGACAACUGUUAAUGUUGAGACCGGAAAAACGCACUAAAUCCGAGUACAAAAUCUACAGUAAAAUGAUUGUGGAUAGAUUCCCACAUUUUCAACACGAGUGCUCCGAUAAUGGGAACUGGGUUGUUUUUAAGGACAAGCUUACAAAAAUAAUUGGAAACUACCAAAAUGCUUUAGCUCAUGGAGACGAACACAAAAAGAAACGGCUUUCAAAAAAGGGAAUGACAAAGUUACUGUCGUGAUUCCUGAUAUGUCUCCCACUGAUGUCGAAGAACGAAACGCUUUUCGUCAAAGAAGAGAUAAAAUUCAU